AUGGAUUACAAGAAAUUUCUGCUAUUUGGCGACUCAAUUACUGAGUUUGCAUUCAAUAGCAGGGCUCAAGAGGGCGAGUCUGAUCAGUUUGCAUUGGGCGCAGCCCUAUGUAAUGACUACACUCGGAAGUUGGAUAUUGUGCAGCGUGGGUUCAGCGGAUACAACUCCAGAUGGGGACUGAAAAUACUCCCAAGAGUGCUGGAAAAUGAACAAAAUAUUGUUUUGUCAACGAUCUUCUUUGGUUCCAAUGAUGCUUGUUUGGGGGGCCACCAACGAGUGCCAAUGGAGGAAUAUGCGUCCAACACGAGAAAGAUGAUAUCUAUGUUGAGAGAAAAGAACAUUAAGCCGAUUCUAGUUGGUCCUGGACUCAUUGAUCAAGAGAGAUUCGAAGCUGCCAGAAAAGAAGAAGUGGAAAGAGGGUAUAUUCGUACGAAUGAAAACUUUGAAGCUUAUUCGAAUAAAUUGCAACAGAUUGCUACAGAGGAUAAAGUCCCAUUUGUCGAUCUUAACACAGCCUUCAGAAGAGAAGGAGGUGAAAACUGGCGUGACUUGUUUCGCGAUGGGCUCCACUUCUCUGGUAAGGGCUAUGAAAUCUUUUACAAUGAGCUCUUGAAGUCAAUUAGAAAAUACUACCCUGAACUGGCUCCCGAGUGUAUUCCAACAAGGUUACCAGUUUGGAGAGAGGUUGCUGAGGACGGCUCUAAUGUGUUAUGA